CGCCGGGGGUAUAAGCGGCGCCCGGCAGCCGUGGGCAGAGCAGCGCCAUGGCCGGGCGGGGGAAGCUGAUCGCGGUGCUGGGGGACGAGGACACGGUGACGGGCUUCCUGCUGGGCGGGGUGGGCGAGCUCAACAAGCACCGCAAGCCCAACUUCCUGGUGGUGGAGAAGGACACGAGCCUGACCGAGAUCGAGGAGACCUUCCGGAGCUUCCUGGCCCGCGAGGACAUCGGCAUCAUCCUGAUCAACCAGUUCAUCGCGGAGCUGAUCCGGCACGUGCUGGACGGGCACACGCGCUCGCUGCCCGCCGUGCUGGAGAUCCCCUCCAAGGAGCACCCCUACGACGCCGCCAAGGACUCCAUCCUGCGCCGCGCCCGGGGCAUGUUCACCGCCGAGGACCUGCGCUAGGGGCCGCGCCGCCCGGCACUGCCCAGCCGCCCGGCCCCCUCCCUCCUCGGCCCGCCCGCCCCAGGGGAGCGGCUGCUCCUGCAGUAGUUCUGAGCGAUGAAAAGCAUCUGCCUCCCCCUUCCCCCCCCCCCCCCGGGGUGAACUGCGGCCAGGCCCAGACUGGCUCCCCGGCGGGGCGUCAAGGAGGGUGCCAGAGCUGGCCCAGGCCCCUUGUUUCCCAGGGCCUCGGCUCCCCCUGCCCUCUGUGUGCUGCCGGAUCCGACUCGUCUAUGUUCCUGUGACGGUUGAGCUGUUACAUUAAAGCAGAGAAGCCCC